AUGCACUUUGAACAUCAGUUUGCAGCCAUUAUCGAUUCACAUCUACAAUCUGUGCAACAAUCAAUGCAGCGUCUUCCAAAUGUGAACAUAAUCAGGCUUCAAUUAUCAGCUUUGAAAAAACUACCACACAUUACACCCCACACGUCUAUAGCUGAUCUACCCAACGAUCAAUAUAAAGCCAUUACUGUAUUAACAAAUAUGAUGGGUUCUCACCGCAAUCAAUGGCCAUACUUUUUUUUAACUGGAUCAGCUGGCACGGGAAAAUCAUUUAUUAUACAUCUAUUCCGCAAUCAUCUUCACUCUAGGAGGAUUAAAUAUCUCGUGUUGGCUCCAACUGGUGUUGCAGCCCAGAAUGUGGAUGGACAAACUAUCCAUUCCGCAUUAAAAAUAUCAUCUUCCAAUACGAAUUACCAAUCUUCCUACAAAACACUUUUAUUUACCGAUGUUUCUCUACAAAAUAAAAUGAGAAAUAUUAAAACACUUAUCAUAGAUGAAGUAUCCAUGGAAGUACGCUUAGGCAGAAUAUCUGAUAAUUCCUGGCAUAUGCUACAGGCAAAAAAUUUACAACACGUCAACACGGAAUCAGACAUUAAUUCCUUCAAUACGACCUUUAUUGUUGGUUAUAAAGAAUCUGCAGAACGGAUUAAUAUAUCGUUUUGCAAUUUAUUAGAAAUUACAUGCGAAAAUGACAUAUUAAUAAGUACUGCUGUAGACAAGGUGAACGACGAAGAAUGGGAUAACGAAUAUUCACAACCCAAAUCAGUAGAUUCCAUUUCUACUCCAGAUAAUUCGGGUGAAGAGCAAGCAGAUUCAAAAGACAAAUCAAUGCCAACAGCUCCGAAAAGAGCACUACGAUCCAAUGACAAACCCAAGCUUCCCAACCUAGCGUCAGACAUCCUAAACUUACCAUCAUACAAGGAACCGUAA